AUGGUUGACGCAGCUAAGUUGUUCGAUACAAUUCCUCAACCAGAUGUUGUUUCUUGUAAUAUUAUGAUCUCUGGUUACAAACAGCAUCGAAUGUUUGAAGAAUCAUUGAGAUUUUUCUCUAAGAUUCAUUCUUUAGGUUUUGAGGCUAAUGAGAUUAGUUAUGGGUCUGUGAUUUCGGCUUCUAGUGCUCUUCAGGCUCCUCUGUUCAGUGAGCUUGUGUGUUGUCAUACUAUAAAGAUUGGUUAUUUCUUGUAUGAAGUUGUUCAAUCGGCUUUGAUAGAUGCAUUCUCGAAGAAUCUCAGGUUUGAGGAUGCUUUUAAGGUGUUCCGUGACACUUUAUCUGCUAAUGUGUAUUGUUGGAACACUAUCAUAGCUGGGGCACUGAGAAACCAAAACUAUGGUGCUGUAUUUGAUCUUUUCCAUGAAAUUUGGUACUCAAACUCCGGUUCGAUGGUUGACGCAGCUAAGUUGUUCGAUACAAUUCCUCAACCAGAUGUUGUUUCUUGUAAUAUUAUGAUCUCUGGUUACAAACAGCAUCGAAUGUUUGAAGAAUCAUUGAGAUUUUUCUCUAAGAUUCAUUCUUUAGGUUUUGAGGCUAAUGAGAUUAGUUAUGGGUCUGUGAUUUCGGCUUCUAGUGCUCUUCAGGCUCCUCUGUUCAGUGAGCUUGUGUGUUGUCAUACUAUAAAGAUUGGUUAUUUCUUGUAUGAAGUUGUUCAAUCGGCUUUGAUAGAUGCAUUCUCGAAGAAUCUCAGGUUUGAGGAUGCUUUUAAGGUGUUCCGUGACACUUUAUCUGCUAAUGUGUAUUGUUGGAACACUAUCAUAGCUGGGGCACUGAGAAACCAAAACUAUGGUGCUGUAUUUGAUCUUUUCCAUGAAAUGUGUGUUGGGUUUCAGAGACCUGAUAGCUAUACAUACUCCAGUGUUUUGGCUGCGUGUGCUUCCCUUGAGGAACUUAUGUUUGGGAAAGCAGUUCAAGGUCGGGUGAUUAAAUGUGGAGCAGAAGAUGUAUUUGUUUGUACUGCAAUUGUUGAUUUAUAUGCCAAAUCUGGGCAUAUGGCUGAAGCUAGGGAAGUGUUCUCCCUAAUCCCCAACCCUAGUGUUGUCUCUUGGACAGUAAUGCUGUCUGGUUACACAAAGAGUAAUGAUGCUAUCUCUGCUCUUGAAAUAUUCAAGGAAAUGAGACACUCAUGCGUUGAGAUCAACAGCUGCACUGUAACUAGUGUGAUUUCUGCUUGUGGUAGACCUUCUAUGUUCUGUGAAGCAAGCCAGGUACAUGCUUGGGUCUUUCAGAGUGGUUUCUCUCUCGAUUCCUCAGUGUCUGCCGCCUUGAUCAGUAUGUACUCAAAGAGUGGAGAUAUUGAUCUCUCCGAGCGGGUGUUUGAGGAUUUGGACGAUUUUCAGAGGCAAAGUAUAGUAAACGUAAUGGUCACUUCAUUUUCGCAAAAUAAGAAGCCUAGUAAAGCAAUAAGACUGUUUACUAGAAUGCUUCAGGAAGGUUUGAGACCCGAUGAGUUUAGUGUAUGCAGUUUGAUUAGUGUAUUAGAUUGUUUGAAUUUAGGUAAGCAGGUUCACAGUUACACUCUUAAAAGUGGGUUAGUUCUUGAUCUCACUGUUGGAAGUUCUCUUUUUACAAUGUACUCCAAAUGUGGUAGUUUGGAAGAAUCAUACAAAUUAUUCCAGGAGAUACCUUUCAAAGACAAUGCUUGCUGGGCUUCCAUGAUUUCUGGUUUCAAUGAGUACGGUUAUCUAAGAGAAGCUGUCGGACUAUUCCGCGAGAUGUUGGAUGAUGGAACAAGCCCUGAUGAGAGCACUCUAGCUGCUGUUCUAACUGUGUGUUCUUCACUUCCUUCUCUGCCAAGAGGUAAAGAGAUACAUGGGUACACACUAAGAGCUGGAAUCGACAAUGGAAUGCCUCUCGGUUCUGCGCUAGUAAACACGUAUUCAAAAUGUGGCUCACUAAAGUUGGCUAGACAGGUCUAUGAUAGGCUCCCAGAACUGGAUCCAGUGUCAUGUUCAUCUUUAAUUUCAGGAUAUUCACAACACGGGUUAAUCCAGGAUGGCUUUCUCUUAUUUCGUGAUAUGGUCAUGUCUGGUUUUACCAUGGAUUCCUUUGCAGUUUCAUCCAUUCUUAAAGCCACUGCUCUUUCAGACGAAUCAUCUCUGGGAGCUCAAGUUCAUGCCUACAUCACAAAAAUUGGAUUGUACACAGAACCUUCUGUAGGUAGCUCACUACUGACAAUGUACUCGAAAUUUGGAAGCAUUGAGGACUGCUGUAAAGCAUUCAGCCAGAUCAAUGGCCCAGAUUUAAUAGCAUGGACAGCGCUGAUUGCAAGUUUUGCUCAACAUGGAAAGGCCUCUGAAGCGUUGCAAGUGUACAAUCUUAUGAAGGAAAAAGGAUUCAAGCCUGAUAAAGUUACUUUUGUGGGAGUCUUGUCUGCUUGUAGUCACGGUGGUUUGGUCGAAGAAGGCUAUUUUCAUCUCAACUCGAUGGUAAAAGAGUAUGGUAUCGACCCUGAGAACCGACAUUAUGUCUGCAUGGUCGAUGCUCUAGGGAGGUCAGGAAGACUUAGAGAAGCUGAGAGUUUUAUCAACAGUAUGCCUAUAAAACCAGACGCCUUGGUCUGGGGAACAUUGCUUGCUGCUUGCAAACUUUACGGGGAUGUUGAACUUGGGAAGCGAGCUGCGAAAAUGGCUAUAGAGUUAGAGCCAUCAGACGCUGGAGCGUAUAUUUCACUCUCGAACAUCCUUGCAGAGGUCGGUGAGUGGGACGAAGUGGAAGAAACUCGUAAGCUGAUGAGAGGAAUAGGUGUACAGAAGGAGCCAGGUCGGAGUUCUGUCUGA